GACUUGAAACUUGACAAUGUGAUGUUAGAUCAUCAAGGACACGUCAAAGUUGUUGACUUUGGAAUGUGCAAAUUGUGCUCUUCUUCGACUCAAGGCCUAAUUGCCACCACAUUUUGCGGGACCCCUGAUUACCUGGCCCCAGAAAUCGUUCGAUGUCAGCCGUAUACGCAAGCUGUCGAUUGGUGGGCACUUGGCGUAUUGAUAUACGAAAUGCUGGUAGGACAAUCUCCCUUCCGUGGGGAAGAUGAGGACAAUCUCUUUGCGGCCAUUUGCAGAGAAAAUGUGAUUUAUCCCAAAAAUAUGCCAUCCCCGGCUAAAGAAUGCAUCAUGGCUGUAAGUCUAUGCCAAUCAUCAUCGCUUAUCUCCACCAAAGGUGCAUAUUUAGGUAUUAAACGCUAG